AGAGAUAUUAGAGUUAAGAUUUGUUUUUGUACUGUUAUGCGUACGUAUGUUUAAAUUAACAUUUUUUAGUUCAAAAAAUAAUAUUUAAACGUUCAAUAUCGGAGUUAAAUCAGUAUUUUUCGCAGCCUUGUCAAUUGUGAACGGUGUCAUAACAAAGCCUCUUCUCAAUGGGGCUUCGUUCUUCUUUGUGAGUCGUGGCGCUUUAAGUGUGGGCGUGGCUCCCGUACUACGCCCCGCCCCAUCUGCAUAAUAACCAACCCAGCUUCCCUGGAAUCAUUUAGUGCAGCAGUCUGCAAGGAAAGUGCGAACAGUAUUUAGUACCCGAGCGUCUUUGACAGAGAACGGACUGACUUCUGUGAAAGAGAGAGAGAGACCGCACACGCAUGAGCUUGUACGUGCAUGUGUGCGCGAGAGAGUAGGAAGAGACGCUUCUUCACAUCUGCAGCCAAGUCUUUAUGAAUCACUGUGGACACUGUGACAUUGCGGAUCUAUGAAGACGCAGGGCGGUUUUGCACUAUCAGCAACACCAGAUCAAGGAAACACGGACUGACUGACCUCUUGACCGCCCUUCAACACACCCCUAUGCCGGGCAUUAGUUCCUCAACUGCCCCUCGUUAUGAAAACUGGGACAUGGACCACUUGGAUCAUUACCAACACUAUUUCUAUGACGACCACAACCCAGACGAGGAUUUCUUCAAGUCCACGGCACCCAGUGAGGACAUAUGGAAGAAAUUUGAACUGGUACCAACCCCGCCCACGUCCCCCAUCCGGACAGUAGAAGGAUCAGGCAGGGUCGGGCUGCUCUGCCCAUCCCUGGGGGACAAGCUGGAGUGGGUGUCCCAGGUGUUGGGGCAGGAGGAUGAUCACCACCAUCAGCUGCAGCAGCAGCAGGACCUGCCUUUCAAACUCACCGCGACCAACGACUCGUUUGGGAACCUGAGCUCCAUCAUCAUUCAGGACUGCAUGUGGAGCGGCUUCUCGGCCGGCCAGCAGCUCGAAAGAGUUGUAGGAGAGCGCUGCGGCGCCUCCUGUCCCGGGACAGUCGCUACUGCAGCCGCCGCCGCCACAAAGGUUGCGUCUGCGGUCGUUUCCCCGGCGAGAGCGCAGCUCGUGCCUGCUGAAGCAGCAGUUCUCAGCAGCUCCGUGGCGGGAGACUGUGUGGACCCCACUGCGGUGCUCACUUUUCCUCUAAGCGGUGGAUGCAAGAAGCCGGUGUCCUCUGGUUCUGAGUCUCACAGCGACUCAUCAGAUGAUGAUGAUGAUAAGGACGACGAUGAGGAGAUCGACGUGGUUACGGUGGAGCACAACCAGCGGAAGCCUCGGCGAAUGGUCAACACCCGCAAACCUGUGACCAUAACGGUGCGAGCUGACCCCCUCGACCUCGGCAUGAAGCGGUUUCACAUCUCCAUCCACCAACAGCAGCACAACUACGCUGCGCCGUCACCCGACACGCUCCCCUCACCACCGGCCGACCCGCCUCGAAAACGGGUCCGACAAGACCCCUCGUCCCACGUCACCCAGCCUCACCAGAACUCUCUUUACCACCACCCUCGGCCCGGCCACGCCCCUCUGAACAUGGACAGCAGGAAGUCUCAAGCAGCCUUGAACGGGGUUAGGUCGGAGUCGCCCAACCUCCGCGCAUCCUCUCCUACCUCGUCCGCGUCACCUUCGUCGCCUCCUUGCUCUUCUUUAUCCUCGUUCCAUCUCCAGACGUCACCCUCGAAGGCUCACUCCGUGUCCCACCUCUCCAGCCCUCAGUCGUCUGACUGCGAAGACACGGACAAACGCAAAGCGCACAACUUCCUGGAGCGCAAGAGACGCAACGACCUGCGCUCGCGGUUCCUGUCGCUGCGGGACGAGAUCCCAGGCUUAGCGGACUGUCCCAAGACCCCCAAGGUUGCGAUCCUGACUCAGGCCACUGAGUACCUGCAGCAGCUGCAUGCGAGCGAGAGGCAGAAGGCUCAGGAGAGGAAGCAGCUGAAAGCCAAGCAGCUGCAGCUGCUGCAGAGGCUGGCACAGCUCAAACGGGCCUGAGCGCCAGGCUGUCGGCAGCUGUCACACACACACACACACACAUGCACACACACACAUUCACUCAAUGGGACUUAAUGAAGGAGAAAAGACACUAAUUAUCACUUUGCGUUUGUCACUUUGGAAUGGUGCGGGUGGAUUUUUGUUUAGUUUUUUUUUUUUUUUGUGCGUGUUUUCUAUGUUUGUUGUUUGCACAUUAGCUCUCGAGUGAUUGACGAGGCCACAAGCCAUUCUGAACAGCAAGCUAGAGAUGGAUCUUUGGAGGAGUCUCAUGGGCUGGAAAAUAUUUCUAUUCUUUCAAAUGCUUAUGCUUCCCCUUAAUAAAGAAUGAAUUAAAAGAAAGUCAUUGCUUGCUACUGGAAAGCCUGCAGUUAAUGCUGCAGGUUCUUUUUGAUGAACUGCUACAACUGUGCUGUUAACUGCUGUAUGGUCAUGGUCUGAUAGCUCCCUGUGUUGAGGCCCUUCAUUUUUCCCCCCUUUUAAUUUCCGGAUUUUUAUUCCUCGCUCUAAACGUUUUUUCAGAUUUCCUUUCACUCUCUGAUCAUUUUGAUCCAUCAGACGUCUCGUUUGAUUCUCCUCUUAUAUAUCUUUUCAUGUCCGCACGUAAAGUUUAAGUUUCUUGGUCAACGCACACUGAUCGACAAAUGCGUGGGCCUGUAAUUGACCUGUACUGAGCCAAGCUGCAGCGGUGUCACAUCUCCAUAUGCCCUUAUGGGCUGAGUAUCUGCUGAAAAGGUAGCAGGUUUCCACAAACUCUUAUUUUUGUUCCUUCCACUCAGCAGCAGUUUAUCAACAGUUUCAGCUGUAGCGUCACGUUUUUGCCAUUGUUUGGAGAUGUUUUCGAGCAAGAGUCUACAAAAUUUCUGUGAACCCUGACCCUGGUCGUUGUGUAAUAAGACCAGCCAAAGGAGGAAUGAACUGCUGAUUCUCUUUGAUACCCUAAAGAACUCUGGGGGGGGGGAAAAAAGGAGAGCAGCUUGAAUUCAGUCUGUAUGUCCUUAGAGAUGCCAACGUUUGCUUGGAGAUGAAGCCCACUGAUUUUUAAUGGUGUUUUUUAUUUUUCUUUUUGCUUUGAUUGUAAAGCCCUUAGACGCCUUUCAAUGUACAUAGAAUAUACUAUGGGAUGUUAUGUAUAUAGUACCCUUUCUGUACAGUCCCUUUCAAACCAAAACCAGAGCUGUCUACUCAUCUUAGUUUCUGUUCGGCCCUGUGUACUGAAGCCAGGGUCAGGCUUGCUGGCUUUUCAAAGAUUAACUCAAAAAGCUUCUAUUUUUGUUAAUAAAAUGAUUAUGGGAAGAAGAAAAAAAAAGAGUUGAAAUAAACACUCAUUGAUCAUUGAUCACACUAGCCACUUUGUUUAAACAUUUCUUUCUCGUUUUGUAAAACCUACUUGUUUAUAAUUACGUUCUCUCGUUUUUAACUUUUUCUUUUUUCUUUAUUUGUACAAGUCCAGAGUUGACAAAGUUUGAUACUAUAUUUUCCUACCGAGUUGUGUUUCAGUGUGAGCUAAUGACUAUUUUUGCUAUGUAGCUGGCGGGCUCUACUGGUGGAUUAUGUGCUGAAAAUUGUUAGGUCUGCUGCGGCUCUCUCUUUGUCUCUGGAGGGCAACGCACCAAAAAGCUCCCGCGUUGAGCCGACACUUGAAGCUGUAGUGCUCUUAACCCUGGUGUGAAGAGCGGGUGGAGAUCUACUGAUUAUAUAUAUAUUUUUUUAAUUUUCCCUGACUCUCAUUCCCUUUUUUCCCCUCUUCCCUCCAAGCCAGUUUCUCCCUAUUGUCAGAAAAGCCAUGUCCCACUAUAGCACUGCAUCUAGUACUGUUCACAACUGAAUCUCAGUGACUUUCAGCCCCAGAUUAUAUCAGCACUCAGGAAUCCAUGUGAUCUGUAGUUAUCGUCGUAAUGUCUUUAAGAGACUGUACUUGAGGGAAGGAUGUCCAAAACUUAAUUUAUUUUUCUCUGUUCAUGAGAUCAAACCUCCCAAACCGCCUUCAGAGAUGAGAGAGAAUAUCAGAAUUAAAGCAUUUGUAAAGAAAUAUUUCAGGAUGUCGACAUUAGUUAUAUAUUUUUAUAUAACUAGCACAAUUCACCAGUAGACCUAUUUUUUUCCAAAGUGUUCUCCCAAGAGUGGGUUUCACACUUAUUUUCAUUUGUUUGGUAGCAGUGAUUAUUGGUUGCUAACUUUAGGAGUUUAUUAUGGUAAUUUCAGAGCCUUGUCUCAGCACUUUGUUUUUUUUUUCUGUACCUCAUAAGCCUCUGUGUAUGAAAAGUAAGUCGGAAAAUAAUAAAUUUCAUUGUUUGACAUCGAAAAA